UUCUCGUUGUCGCCGGCGGGUCAGUUGAAGUUCAACUUCCUGCCAAAGCAGACACGGAGAAUCUCAAGCUCGAAUAUAUCAAUCGCCGCCGAGGAAAUAUGGCUCAUAGGAAACUGGUCCUUGUGGCUGCAACUUUUGGCCUGGUGCUCCAGUCGGCAGCAGCCUCUGUCAUGUUUGAAAACUGCGGCACGAGCACGGUCGGAAAAGUCAGCAACAUCGACAUCAGCGGCUGCGACACUCACAGCACGUGCAAGCUUAUUAGAGGGUCAAACGCGUCACUCGCAAUCAGCUUUCAGACAAGCGGCGGCGCGAAGCAGCUGCAGUCUGUGGUCCACGGUGUGAUCCACGGCCUGCCCGUGCCCUUCAACUUCCCCUACCCGGACGCCUGCAGCUACGGAGGUCUCUCGUGCCCCAUCGAAACCAACACUCCUCUCGUCUACACAGCUGCGCUCCCCAUUUUGAAGACUUAUCCGCGGAUUAGCGUCAAGAUCCAGUGGGAACUCAAGGACGAGGAUGACAACGACAUUUUCUGCGUCCGAAUCCCAUCCGUUUUGCACUAAUUAAUUGAAAACGCAGUUUGUAUUUUUCAGCAGGCAAUAAUAAUAAUAAUAAAUCCUUGGGUAUUAUUUUGAAAAUU